AUGCGCAGCUGCGCUAUUCGGCUUCGCGCAUUGGUUAACAUUUACGGCGGAGAUUUGUUUACAGUAUCCGAAGCCAGCGCCGAUGUAUUCCGUGAUCCUGACACCGGGUUCUCGUUUUCUCAGAAGGACGUUGCUAUCACGACGAACAAUAACUUCAUCACAUUCCGUAUCGCGAUCCCAAGCCCAGCGCCUGCAGGCCAACCGUACGAUGCCGUGAUCCAGAUCGUCGCUCCUGUCGCUGCUGGUUGGGUCGGCGCCGCCUGGGGUGGCUCCAUGACGAACAACCCCUUACUUAUCGGCUGGGCUAACGGUGCAAGCGGCGUGGUGUCUAUGCGCCGAGCAACCUCCCACACCGCCCCAACGGCAUACACAGGCGCCUCAGUGCAACUCCUCAAAAAGGGCACCAAGAGCAACGGCACGCACUGGCAAGUCACAGCCAAAUGCACGGGCUGCACACAAUUCACCACCACGGGCACCACCACCAAGACGCUCAACCCAGCCGGCAGCAACCGCCUAGCCUUCGCGUACUCCAAGACCAAGCCCAGCCAGCCCGGGUCCGACACCUCGACCAUCAACGUGCACGACCUGUUCAACUACUGGGACCACGACUUCGCGUCCGCCGGCAACCCCGAGUUCCAGGACCUGGUCGACAGGAACUUGUGA